UUUUGGUACAUUUAAAACCCACCCCAAUCGUCCUCUCUCUGCUGAUAAAGCGAAGCACGAAGCUGCGGUUCUAAUUUUGCUUACAAAUUUUUUUUUCUUUCUUUAUUCUCUUAAUUUGGACAGAUUUUUCUCGUUCUUCAAUCGGAACGUUUUCCGAUGAGCGGCCGAAUCCAAGCUUUAAGGUUUCUUUCUAUCUGGAUCUGAGUAAAAAAUUUGCGAAGUUGCGGAUUCGUGGAGGUGAAAUUCUCAGAUAUUCCAAGGUUUUCCCCAAUCUUUGAUUCGUAUUCGAUUCAGCCUUCGCGGCUAAGCUUCGAAUUUCGUCGUUCUAUCCCUAAAUCCUCUGUUCGGCUUCUUGUUCUCGCUGCUUUUCUUGAAGAUUAUGGAAGUAAAGGUAGCUACGACUUGUUUCCAUUGGUCGCAGCCGUUUAUUCCUCAUUGUCCUUCUUCUCCCCAAACCCUAGCCUCCACCGUACUGUCUCCGUCUUCGAAACGACGGAACUAUGCGGAUGGAGGAUCUCUGGUGUGGCGGUGCGUUCACAGGUUGGAGCAAUCGACUCUGUUCGGUUCUUCAUCGACGAAUCUCCAUCGCUCGCGAUCUUGCGAGAUUCUGAAGCCGGCGAAUCGCGGAAUCAAGAGAACUUGCAGCGCGAGCAUGGAUGCCUUCUCGGACGAGGAAUUUUCCAAGAAGAUUCAGGAACUGGCGCUCAGAUUCCAACAUUCGGGCGAUGAAGGCGGAACUGACGGUAGCAGUAGCGCCACUUGUGCAGAUUCAGAUUCCGUAUUGGAGUUUGUAGAGCCUUCGUGGCUGGAAGCAGGUCACGAACCGCCAGAUUGGCCGGCGCCCGACGAGCUAGUUACGGCGAGUAUUGAGCGGAGGGCGAACAGCUUCGAUCUUCCAGUUUCACUUAGAAUGAUAAAGAAGAAGUUACAAUGGGAAGACGAUAUUAGAGAAUCGGGGGAUUCUGCUGAUUGUUCCGUCAAAAAGGCAUUCUCCUCCGUCGUGUUUAUGAUUCGCGAGCUUCACAGCUACACUCUGCGCCUGCGGGAGAUUCUUUACUUCGAAGAUCUACAGAGUAUUCUCAUCCGUGUCCAGAAAGAGAUCCACGCUUCGUUCGUUUGGCUGUUUCAGCAAGUUUUCUCCCACACUCCAACAUUUAUGGUCUCGGUUAUGAUCCUGUUGGCAAAUUUCACAGUCUACUCCAUGGGGAACAACGCCGCUAUUGCUUCUACUUCGCCGCCGCUGGCCGCCAUGGUUUCCGUCGUCGAAUUUCACGACCAACACCACUCCAAGUUUGAUUCCUCCUCCAUCAAAACAUUCUCCGUCUCCUCAUCGAGUGGUAAAACGACAUCGAUCGGCGGGAAUAAUGGCGGUGGGGGAAACGUACGGCCGAUCGCCGGCGGAGUCGACGACGACGGACAGUUCGAUCGCUCCGAUCAAUACGGAACGGUCCUCCCCGAUGCCGCCUCUCAGGUUUCUUCAUUUGGAACUACGACGGAGGCAGAGUCGGUGUCGAACAGAGAAGAGGAGGAGGUCGGUUUAUGGAAUUCGGUGGUGGAAGAAGCUUCGAAGAUGCGGCAAUGGCGUGACGAAGUUCUGGAUCACGAGACGAUGCAGAAUCUGAUCUCACCGGUGACGGCGAAGAUCGAAUCGGACGAUCACACAGAGUAUUUAAGAACAGAGCUUCUUUAUCAAACCAGUCUUCUCCAAGAACCUAACAAUCCGCUCCUCCUCACCAACUACGCUCAAUUUCUCUACAUCGUCGCCCACGAUUACGACAGAGCGGAGGAGUACUUCAAGCGGGCGGUGGCGGUGGAUCCGCCGGAGGCGGAGGCUUUCGACAAAUACGCAGGGUUCUUGUGGCGGGUGAGGAACGAUUUGUGGGCGGCGGAGGAGACUUAUCUGGAAGCCAUGUCCGCCGAUCCCGGCAACUCCUACUACGCCGCCAACUACGCCCAUUUUCUGUGGAACACCGGCGGCGAGGACACGUGCUUCCCUCUCGACUCCCCGGACGCCGCCCAAGAAGCCUGACCAGAGGAAGGCAAUCGAAAUCCCCUCUCAUGAUCAUCAGCUAACUUCGAGAACAGAUCCGUCUCCGGCGAUGGCGGCGGCGGCGGAGGCUGAGGCGGCGAGGUUUGGGCGGUCGCGGUGGGCAUUGAAACAAUAGAUCCAGAGUUCUUUGUUGGUUGGUGCCAUCUUCACGUGGCUAUGUCACAAUGUAUAUUUUAAUUUUUUUUUUUUUUUUGGAUUUUUCUUUUUGUUAGAUACUUGAUACAUAAUUUUUUUUUGGUUGUAAAAUAAAAAAUUAAAUAAAAUUGCGGAGGAAAUUUGGAAAUAGAGCCGUGUGAGAUUGGUAAAUAAAGCACGGGUCUGAGAUUCUGAA